AUGGAGAACACACAAGACACCAUUAUUAUCAGUAGAAAGAGUCCCUCAAGGGCGCCCAAGGCUCUCAGGAGUCCCUCAAGGGCGCCCCAAGACCCCCAGGAGUCCCUCAAGGGCGGCCAAGGCUCCCAGAAGUCCCUCAAGGGCGCCCCAAGAUCCCCAGGAGUCCCUCAAGGGCGCCCGAGGCUCCCAGGAGUCCCUGAAGGGCGCUCCAAGGCUCCCAGGAGUCCCUCAAGGGCGGCCAAGGCUCUCAGGAGUCCCUCAAGGGCGCCCAAGGCUCCCAGGAGUCCCUCAAGGGCGGCCAAGGCUCUCAGGAGUCCCUCAAGGGCGCCCAAGGCUCCCAGGAGUCCCUCAAGGGCGCCCCAAGACCCCCAGGAGUCCCUCAAGGGCGGCCAAGGCUCUCAGGAGUCCCUCAAGGGCGCCCGAGGCUCCCAGGAGUCCCUCAAGGGCGCCCCCAAGACCCCCAGGAGUCCCUCAAGGGCGCCCCAAGACCCCCAGGAGUCCCUCAAGGGCGGCCAAGGCUCCCAGGAGUCCCUCAAGGGCGGCCAAGGCUCCCAGGAGUCCCUCAAGGGCGCCCCCAAGACCCCCAGGAGUCCCUCAAGGGCGCCCCAAGACCCCCAGAAGUCCCUCAAGGGCGCCCCCAAGACCCCCAGGAGUCCCUCAAGGGCGCCCCAAGACCCCCAGGAGUCCCUCAAGGGCGGCCAAGGCUCCCAGGAGUCCUUGGACAGUCCUGGAGCCUAUUAA